AUGGUGCAGCGCAGCUCCAACGCCGAGGUCAUGUCGAUGGACCUGUCGCCCAAGAAGCCGGCCAAGGCCUACGGCAGCGACGGCGGCGCCUACUACGACUGGUCGCCGGCCGACCUGCCCAUGCUCGGCGCGGCCUCCAUCGGCGCCGCCAAGCUGCACCUCUCCGCCGGCGGCCUCGCCCUCCCCAGCUACUCCGACUCCGCCAAGGUCGCCUACGUGCUCCAGGGCGCCGGUUCCUGCGGCCUCGUCCUCCCGGAGGCGGCCAAGGAGAAGGUGAUCCCCGUCAAGGAGGGCGACGCGCUCGCGCUCCCCUUCGGCACCGUCACCUGGUGGCACAACGCAGAGGGCUCCUCCGCGGAUCUCGUCGUGCUCUUCCUCGGCGACACCUCCAAGGGCCACACCCCCGGCCGCUUCACCAACUUCCAGCUCACCGGCGCCACCGGCAUCUUCACCGGCUUCUCCACCGAGUUCGUCGCGCGCGCCUGGGACCUCGACCAGGACGCCGCCGCCAAGAUCGUGUCCACCCAGCCUGGCUCCGGCGUCGUGAAGGUCGCCGCGGGGCACCGGAUGCCGGAGGCGCGCGCCGAGGACCGGGAGGGCGUGGUGCUCAACUGCCUGGAGGCGCCGCUGGACGUCGACAUCCCGGGCGGCGGCUGCGUUGUGGUGCUCAACACCGCCAACCUGCCACUGGUGAAGGAGGUCGGGCUGGGCGCCGACCUGGUGAGGAUCGGCAGCCGCUCCAUGUGCUCGCCGGGCUUCUCCUGCGACUCGGCAUACCAGGUCACGUACAUCGUGCGCGGUGGUGGGCGCGUGCAGGUGGUGGGCAUCGACGGCACCCGCGUGCUGGAGACCCGUGCGGAGGCAGGGUGCCUCUUCAUCGUGCCUAGGUUCUUCGUCGUCUCAAAGAUCGCCGACGACACUGGCAUGGAGUGGUUCUCCAUCAUCACCACACCCAACCCAAUCUUUAGCCACUUGGCGGGGAAGACGUCUGUGUGGAAGGCAAUUUCGCCGGCGGUGCUAGAGACAGCCUUCAACACCACUCCGGAGAUGGAGAAGAUGUUCCGCUCCAAGAGGCUCGACUCCGAGAUCUUCUUCGCCCCCAACUAGAUCAUCGUCCAUCCGUCUCGCAGAUUACAUUUUGUUUUUAGGUCAUCGAUAGAGAGGAUAGUUAAAUUGGAAUGAUGUGUCUGGCUGUCAUUGAAUUAGCAAAUGUAAUAAUUAGCCUGAGAUGGACACGAUCGUGGUCAAUUAGUAUUCAUGGUACUCUUUCAAAACCAUUAAUAUUCAGUGGCGGUCCUCCCAUAUAUA